CAGGCGUAAAGCAUGAAAUCCACUUACGUGGUUUCAUCUGUCACUUGCUCUGCGCGUGCUGCCCGCGUCGCGCACGGAGACCACUUGCGAUCUGCCGCCAACAGGCGAGUGGGAGCGAAAACAGCUCCCCAGCACCUUGAACGUGUAACGACGACGUCGCGACGUCGCCCUCGGACCAUCCACGCGCACGGAAGACCGGGGGCGGCCAUCAGUAAUGCUUAUGCAAGUCCACAAGCUUCAAACUCACCGGCUAGCGCGAAUCCGGGGACCUCGUAUAGUGAACACAAACCAAAAACACCGCCACCUGACCUCCCCUCCUUGCUUCUGGACAGCCGAAUCGUCUACAUAGGCAUGCCGCUUGUUCCUGCUGUUACUGAGCUCAUUGUGUCAGAACUCCUGUAUCUUCAAUACACCGAUCAAAAGAAGCCGUGCUACAUCUACAUCAACUCGACUGGUUGUACCCGCGCCGAUGGCGAGGUUGUCGGUUUUGAAACCGAAGCCACCGCAAUUUUCGACACGAUGAAGUAUAUUGGCAAUGAGAUUUAUACAGUUGGUACCGGUGUUGCAAUAGGGCAAGCAUGCAUGCUUCUAUCUGCAGGUGAUAAAGGUAAAAGGUACAUGACACCUCAUGCGACAGCAAUGUUGCACCAACCUCGCGUACCUUCGACUGGAGAGCGACAGGCUACCGAACUAAACAUCAAGUGGCGCGAAACACUUGCUCAGAAGAAGUCUCUGUUGGAUAUUCUCAGUCAGACAACAGGUCAUUCAGUGGCCAAGUUAGAUAAGGAUAUGCAACGCCCGUUGUACAUGACGGCUAAGGACGCGAUUGAAUACGGAAUCGUUGAUAAAGUUAUUGAGCGCGAAUCAAACGCGAUCGCGGACGUGAUGAGCGCGUCGGCGUGGGAUAGUGCCGCUGGUCUAGUUCAGAAGCCCGUCUAGACAGUUUAGUGCGAGUAGGGCUUACUAUAAUCUCAUAAUUCGAACUUCUUUGUA